AUGAAAGAAAAACGUAAAAGCUAUCCUGCUAAUCUAAAACUUGAAGCAAUUAAUUAUAUAAUUGAUCGGCGUUUAAGAGAAAUAGCAGUUACACCUAAUGAUGCCAAAUAUUGUAUGACUAGCUUACACUCUCAGAAAUUUAAACUUGAAUACCCUAAUGCUAUUCAUAAUUUUAAAGCUUCAGCAAAUGCUUGGAUGGAUGAAAAGUUGAUGGUAGACUGGUUAGAAGUAGUUUGGCAACAAAGCCCUGGAGGAGAAGAAAAAAGAUCCUUAUUAGUUUUUGAUUCAUACGAAGGACAUCUUACUUCAUCUGUAAAAAACAAAUGUUAUGAAACAAAUACAGUUCUGGGUGUUAUUCUCGGUGGACUUAUAUCUAUAAAUGACAUCCUGGCAGAAAUUAUCAUUAAGUCUUUUGAAAAAUAUGGUAUUUCUAAUGUAUUAGAGAAUCAGUUAGCUGAAUCAAAUAAUGUUGAAGAGAUUGAAGGAUAUGAUAUAGUACUAGAGAGUGAAAAUAAAGAAAACGAAAAAAUCGUUGCUACAACUAGUACAAGAAAUACAGAUAAAAACUAUAUAAUCAGAAUAAACGAACAUGAAGUAAUGAGUGUUGCAUUGUAUUAA